GCGUAAUCACCCGUGCGCGAUUUACAAAGCUGAGUUCAGUACAGGCGCGUUUAAACAGGACUGGGUUUGUCCUGUUGGUAUUGUCUUUUAUUUAGAGUCUGUAACCAUUUAAUCUUGAAUCAUAUCACUGAGUUUAAGAAUUUUGGCACAUCAAUUUUAAUGGAUCGUAACGAGAACUUCGCUGAAGAGGCGGAUGACAAUAGGUCCAGUCGAUCAUCAUCGCCCCCCGAUUCUCCGAAUAGUCCCGAAAUGGAUCGUAACCCCUCGCCGCCUCCCGAGGGAGAUGAUGAGACUGCCGAAGAGGCUGAUGCUAUCGGAGAGACUGUGUACAGCAAGCACUGGCUCUUCAGUACCUUAACCCGCCUUAUUCAGAUGGUGACGGAGCAUGAGUCACAUCAGGGAGACAGUCUGGAAGAGCUCUCUGAAGAGCAAGAGAAUGAGCUCUGUAAAGUCUGGGAUAUGGCCAUGGACAAGGAUGUGGCUGGUUUUCUGCAGGAGUUUAAAGCUCCAGAUAUCCUUCUGGGAGUGAUCACCAAGUCUCAUAGUCCACGACUUACUGAAAUUUGUGUUGGAAUUCUUGGAAAUAUGGCCUGUUUCCAUGAAACCUGUGUGUCUUUGAGCCAGAAUGCUGACCUAGGAGCUGUGUUGCUGUUGCUACUGGGUGACAAUGACCCCCCCACGCUGCUGGAGACAUGCAGGCUUCUGUUAACUUGUGUGUCCCAACCUGAUGUUGCCCCCUUGUGGCUAGAGCGGAUACAGCAGCAAACGGCCACAUGCAGCAACCUGUGUUUCAUAAUGCGCAGUUCCACUAAUGUGGAGUUGUUGAUGAAGGUAGGGGAGCUGGUUGAUAAGCUUCUAGAUGAAGAUGAGGAGUUGAUGAAGAGCUGGCUAUCUAGGCUGCCCAGUGAGAGUCACCAAGACAAGAACACGCACCAGGACAUCACAGUGUCCCUGCUGGAGGCUGCUGUGCAGAUCAGAAAGGAAGGUCCAGAGGCUCUUGAGGCAUAUAUGCAUGCUCUUCAGCUCCUGACGACAGUAGACGAAGGCCUUCAGCAUCUUGUGUCAGAUGGAGGGUCUGGCAUGCCAUUAUGGACCUUUGUGUGUGAAGUUGUUUGUGAGGACCUGUGCCAGCCAGAUGACCCUCCCCUCAUCCUGCAGGAGCAGAAGGCUCUCUUGGCCCCAGCACUGGCCUUGCUCUCUGCCUUACACACUAGUCUGCAGAUAGACAUUAGUUUGUCUUUGGUAGGGAGCCUUCUUCGCAUCCUAUACUUUUAUGCUGAGAACCAGCGGAACUGUUGGGACAGGGUGUCAGAGCAAAGACAGACAGGAGAAAACAGAAGGGACGAGGCGGAGAGAGACAUUCAGACCCAGGCUGUGGUUGAGAUAGCAGGAGAGUUGCUUUCUGCUGUCCUCACAUGUAUGCCCAGAGAUGCUGUGUCAGACCUGAUGAAAGAUGACCACCUAACUGAUAAGAUCUGGGUGGCUGCUUUAAAGAAUCUGCUGCCAGAGUACAUUACUGCGCCGGAGCUUCUCUAUCUCCUGUCAACAGCAGCACAAUGGAAGUUUCCCCUCACCCUCUCUACAUCCACCAUCAGUAAACCCUUCUGGUCCUGUUGGCCCAGAAUAGACUGCUGACGCCAUCACACCUUUGAUGACUCCAAUGAAGGCUUGUCCUCACCAUCAUACAUCUUUUUCAUGUUUGUUUUCCCAUUUUCAUUCAGUUUUUCCUUUAGCUGACUGAUAUAACAUAGAAAAAGAAGAGACCUUUCUUUGUGCUGGUAAAUGGCACUGGUCAUCUUGAUGGCUAUUACUAAUGACAGACUGCAUGUUGAAGCAUUAAUCUAAUCUGACAAAUCGUUUGAAAGUGUAUAAAGUUGUGUUUUCAAGGCCCGAUUGAAUGGGUUAGGGGUCAGUGUUGAUGGCAUUUGCAUGAAAAUUGUAUCAUACUCAAAUUGCAAAAUUGCAAUACAAGGAGGCAGCAUAUGUCACUGUUUUGUGUGUGCACAACUGGAGUAUGGUAAAUGGCUGAUUGUGUAUAAAGGAAGUGAAUUAAGUAGUACUAUGGCAUAUUUUAUGGCCAUACGUUGCACUGGCACUGUUUACUCUAUUUCCAAACUGAUCACUCAAGUUAUGCAUGUGUGGGCAUGCAUGUAUUUGCUUGCAUAUGUGUAAGUCCUCUGAAAUAAGAGAACCUGGGACAAAUUACAUGUAGGUGUAUGUCUUUGGUGAGCUUUGUUUCCUUUUCCCCUAUAAAUACGUACACACACAUGCAAACUUCAAAUGCUGAAUAUGGUUUCUGUAAUGCAUUGUAAGUGAAUAGUUAGACACCAUUAUAGACCAUAUAGGUGUAAUUACUGCUUUUAGGUAGGACCAUAUUGCCCUGCUGCUGGUCAAGCUCUAUCUUGCUACAAGGAUAUCUUCAUAAAACAUGACAUGGAAUCAACUCUAGCACACUCAUUCAUGGUCACAUUGUGUUCACUGAGCAAAUUUGCACACUUUUGCUGCAGGUUUCAGCGAGUUCCCCAGUUCUCAUGUGUUCCCGCUUGUCCACCCUGUGUGCUGCCUGUGUAAUGAAGUGAGUCUGUAAUGAGAUGAGUGGGCACCGCUGAGCUCACAGCCAGUGCUGCUCUUUCUCCAUAGCAGCUGAGAGCCUCUUGAGCACGAGCCACACAAAGGGCCAGAGCCUGCAUAAUGCCAGCCUGCCCUGCCUUUAAUUACCGCUCAGCUCCUUUUGUGUGUCCAGAGAGGGAAAUACAACUGAGCUAAUGCUGUGUCGGCUUAUAAAAUGUACUAGUCUUAUUGAAAUUAUAUUCCAUAUACUACAUACAUUAUGUAGAUGAUUGAUAUCUUUAUAUUUAAAUAAAUGUUUCACACAUUCAGGCUUUGGAUUCAGAUUAAAUUCAAAAUACAGGAUCCAAAUACAUCUCUGUUUUUUAUUGACGUCAUACGUUGCAAAUGCCACUGACUAGACUUUUUUGGCAACAAUCUACAUUUUAUGGUGUUAAAUAUUUCUACCAUGUACCCUAAUAAUACAUACAUAAACACUUGGACUAGACCUCAAAUACUGUCUUAUAAUUCACAAGUGCAGAGUGAAUCUCUUGUGUCUUUGUAGGUUAAAAUUUACAGAUCACGGAAUCAAUUGGGUCACGUUAAAGUGCAUAGAGAACAAUGAACUGAAUAAAUUUAAUUAGAAAUUAAUGUCUAUGGUAGUUAUGUCAUUCAAGCAUUCAAUAUUGUGUGCGAUUGCUUUUUAAAUAUUUAAAUGAUUCACAUAUUCA